AAUGAUUCUUCAGAACAAAGUCAAGACAUACAAGUCCCUACGGACUGAUUUCUAUCCCAUUCCCACCUAGUUCUUCAUCAACAUAUUGUUUCCGUCAUUCUCACCAUGAACUCUUCAACAACUUCCAUCAAGUUCAGCAGAUUUUCAUCAGAUAAUUUUUAUGUGAACCUCUGCAAAACUCUUGGAAUUUCAGGACUAGUCCUAUACUUAGCUUACAUAUUCAUUUUUACCCAAUCCAACUGCCCAUCUUCUCAAUUCUUCACCCCCUUACAACACAUAUGGCCAGUGACACCACCUUCCCAGCAACCUCAUAACCUCACUCAUACCAAUCAUUCCUCUCCCACCAAUCUUACCCACCUUGUUUUUGGCCUUGUAGGCUCUGUUAAUGCAUGGAGAUACCGAAAAGCAUAUAUCGAGUCAUGGUGGCGCCCCAACGCAACACGUGGAUAUCUCUUCCUCGACACACACCCCACCGAUGACCUCCUCCCCUGGCCGCCCUCCUCUCCUCCUCUUCGCGUGUCCAAUGACAUAUCCAAAAUCGUAAAAGAGUCAAAACAUGUAGCGCCAAUCAUGGCUCGCAUGGUGCAUGCGAUUUUGGAGGUGUUUAGGGAGGGCGACGAGGGAGUGAGGUGGUAUGUGAUGGGGGAUGAUGAUUCUAUCUUUUUUGUGGACAAUUGGGUUGAUAUUUUGGGGAAAUAUGAUCAUACCAAGUACGUUUACAUUGGGGGACAAUCGGAGUUUAUUAUGUCCAAUUUUUGGUUCUCAUUUGCUCAAGGGUUUGGUGGAGCUGGAUUUGCUUUGAGUUAUCCUUUGGUUGCAGCAAUGGUUAAAGAUUUAGAAGGGUGUUUGAGGAGAUAUCCAUAUUUGAAUUCAGCAGAUUUGAUUACUAAGUACUGUGUAGAUGAGUUGGGGGUUCCAUUUUCUAUUGAGAGGGGGAUUCAUCAGAUUGAUCUGCGCGGCGACAUAUCAGGUUUUCUAUCAUCUCAUCCACAAUCUCCAUUACUCUCCCUCCACCAUUUCGACAUGGUAGAACCAAUCUUCCCCUCCAUGGACCGUUUCCAAUCCACAAACCACCUCAUGAAAGCUGCAAAAAUCGACCAGUCUCGUAUGUUGCAACAAACUAUUUGCUACCAAAAACAAACUAACUGGUCUUUUUCCAUAUCAUGGGGCUACUCUGCCCAUAUUUAUGAAAAAGUGUUGCCAAGAAGCGUUUUGAAAAGGCCACUUGAGACAUUUAGGCCAUGGUCUAAGGCAAAACCACCAUUCUAUAUGUUCAACACGCGGUGGCCACCUUUUGUUGAUCCAUGCGAAGCUCCUCACGUUUUUUUCUUCGAAUCCAUUGAUAGUUCCAGAGGGAACAACCAAAUUGUUACAACUUAUGUUCGAUCUUCGCCACGUGGGUUACCAGCUUGUUCAUCAAGUGGAAAUCACUCUGCUGAUUAUAUCUCUAGAGUUCGGGUGUUCUCGCCGAUGACAAAGCACCUUGAGAUUGAAAGAAGUGAAUGUUGUGACAUUGAAAAAGUGAGUGCGAAGAACAUAACUGAGAUCAAAUUCAGGGCUUGCAAGGAUGAUGAGAUAAUUGCCUAAGUUAAAUGUUGCGGAUCUUAAUUUCUCACUGUAAUUUUUUUUUUUUUUUUUUGAACAAGAUCAACUAAUUAUAUUUAUUGAGUGGACAAUUUUUUAUUUUAUUUUUUCUUGCACAUCUUUACAGAUAUUUGCACAAAAGCUAUA